AUCUGGUAAGAUGUGGCAGAAUGAGAAAGCGAGUAGAAUGGAAGAGAGAGUGGGGUUUGGUUGGUUGAUUUUUAUUGAGAAUUUGUUUAGUGUGUUUGUGUGGUGGAGGAGAGAGAGAGACCACCCUUCCCUUCCCUUCCCUUCCCUUCACUGUAUUCUGAGGUCAUGUCAUGGUGAAUUUCAAUGUCGCGAGCUUCCGUCACCGCCGCUUCCUCCUCCAUGCACCACCAAGAUGUUUUGUGGCAAAUGAACAUGCGAUCAAGGGAACAACAUAUGGAAUAUGGACCUUAUCCAGUGCGUGAAGGAGAACCGGAUUGUUCUUACUACAUUCGAACUGGAGUAUGCCGAUUUGGCCCUACAUGUCGAUUUAACCACCCUCCUAACAGAAAACUCGCUAUUGCCACAGCAAGGAUGAAAGGUGAAUAUCCAGAAAGGAUAGGACAACCUGAAUGUCAGUAUUAUUUACAAACGGGGACAUGCAAGUUUGGAGCCACAUGCAAAUUUCAUCAUCCUCGAGACAAAGCUGGGAUUACCGGACGAGUUUCCUUAAAUGUUUUGGGAUACCCCCUUCGCCCGAAUGAGAUGGAAUGUGGAUAUUAUAUGAGAAAUGGACAGUGCAAAUUUGGAAGUACUUGUAAAUUCCAUCACCCCCAGCCAUCAAAUAUGACGGCAUCUUUACAUGGUUCUGCCGUAUAUCCUCCAAUUCAGUCUCCUACAACCAGCCAGCUGUCAUAUCCAUUGACGAGAGCUUCUUUUAUAGCCAGUCCACGGUGGCAAAGCCCUUCAAGUUAUGCACCACUUGUCAUGCAGCAGGGAGUGGUAUCUGUGCCUGGAUGGAACACAUACAUUGGUCAACUCGGUUCAGUUUUAUCUUCUGAAAACCAGCCGCCUUCAGCAGUAAACAUCCAAAAUGAUGGAGCAUCACAUCAGGGCGACUCUGGAAAUGUUGCAUCUGAGUAUGGUGCUGUACCAAUGGGAUAUUAUGCAUUCCAAAAGGAUAAUGUAUUUCCUGAGAGACCAGAUCUACCUGAAUGCCAGUUUUAUAUGAAAACUGGGGACUGCAAAUUUGGUGCAGUUUGCAAGUUUCACCAUCCUAAGGAAAGACUGGUUCCUGUUCCUGACUGUCACUUGAGUCCAAUUGGACUUCCUUUACGGCCGGGGGAGCCUCUAUGUGUAUUCUACUCGCGAUAUGGUAUCUGCAAGUUUGGUCCAAGUUGCAAAUUUGACCACCCCAUGAGAGUUUUUGCAUACAAUACCCCUGCCUCAUCAUCAACUGACCCCACAGUUGUUCGUCGGUUUUUGGCAUCUUCACCGGGAACAGUUCCAAUAAAUUUCUCCCCAGAUGGACUCAUCGACACAAGCUCCACAAGAAAUAGGCGGCUCUCUUUGUCAGAGACUAUACAAAAAUCCUCGGGUGACAAUAACACUGACUCAGAGUGAAAAUAUUUCUUCCAAAAGUAAUUGAGUUAUUGUCCUAUUUACUUUGGAAGAUAAAUAAAUAACAGCUUCCUGUAUAUUCAUUUCCCUGGCUGGAGAUGUACAUAAUUCAAUUCCAAGUCGAUCUGCUUUUCUGAAGAUGCAGUUCAAUUGACUAGAGUCACUACUUAAACUUGCUGCAAUGUAUAAAUCUGCAAAUGUUAUCACAUCUGUUAAAAGGCAGUGGUGGAUGUUUCAAAUUUUUUUAGAGCCGUCAUCAUUUUCAUAUAUUUCUAUCACUUCUGACGGUCUUCUGAGCAUUUUGUUUUGCAGCAGGGUUUGCCUCUCUCGGCAAUAGUCUUCCCAAAACUAUACAGGGUCAUUCCUUGUGCUAAUAGCUAUUUCUGCUGAUUAUGGUUGAUUUCCUCGGUGUUUAAAAUGCUUGCUAUGUCCCCUCCAUUUCAUUAUCAUUAGUGAGAAUUAUCAUAAAGUUUCCGAGCAUUACUUUGGUAACAUGAGCAUAAUUAUCUCUGCACUAAUUUUUUAGGCAUCUUUUUCUACUGAUUAAUGUUAAUGUCCUAUUUGUCUGGAACUCAUGCUACAUCCAUUCGUGUAAUGGUUAUUAGUGAGGAUUAUCACAAAUUGUGAGCAUAAUUUUGAUAAGCUAAGGUGUUAGUAUUCACUUAUUACCAAUUUUUUGCUUCUUUAGUUUUUCUAUCAGGAAUCUAAUGUCUCUCUUCAUUGACCAUGUUAGUGGUCAAACGAUUAGGUAAUUAUGAAUUUAUGAUAUGUGCUAUUAACUGUCAAUUAUGAUUAGGCUAGUAAUUUUCUGUGUCAGCAAUAUGUAUGGUAUUUUAUGACCAAUAGGUUUCUAUUAAACAGUAUUGAUGUAGAAGUAAGAAAAGUGCACUGGAUCUAUUGAAGUAAGAAAAGUGCACUGGAUCUAUAUCCAGACACGUCUAACUAAGUAUAACCUAUUUUUGUGGUUUGUCUAAUUUAAGUAUGGUUUGUGGGUCAUAUGUUCUAUGGAAAUGGGAAGGGACUGGAAGCAAGUGUUUUUAAUUCAACCUACAUUGAUUCAGGUUGUAUGUGAUUGAGUUCUAACAUAAUCUGAUCAGACUUAUAGAUAAAACCAUGAAAAAAAGAUACUAUAUCUUUCCAUAAGUGCCAAAGUCCAGGGGUAAUUGUUCCAUGAUUGAAAGCAAUUCAUUGAGAAAGCUAAAGAUCAUGUUUUGCUGUGCCAAAACAGAAUCAGAGCUCUACCUAUGCUUGCUUCCACACACUGAACCUACAAGGAAGUAUGGUCAACCUAAGUUGAAAUAUUUUUUAAUUUCUCAUGAGCAGCUCAGAGAUUGCUAUACUGAUCAAUUAGGAUCUGCAAAGAAACAGCGGAAGGAAAAAGUGGCGUGCUUCACUUAUCCCAUGUAGCAGUAUAUUUUUCUAGAGGGGCAAAUAGCAGCUCUCUUUCUCUUCCAUUUGUACCAUGCCCGAAGAAAGCAAGACAUACCAUAGGUGCGAAAUGCCCAUCUGCAAACUUUAGCAUUUCUUCUUUUUGGUUUAUUGAAUACAAUUAAACCCCAACCUUUCCUCCCCCCUUAUACACACAUUCAAACCAAAACUACUUUAUUUAUUACUCCCUCCGUCCAGCAAUAGGAGUCCCGUUUUUCCGUUUUGGGACGUCCGGGAAUAGGAGUCCCGGUUCUACUUACCAUAUUUAGAUAAAUUAAUUACCCUCCCCCAAUUCAUAAUUUACACAAAAGCCAUUAAAAAAACACCCCCCAUCCCCAAUUUUGUCGUCACUCUCUCACUCUCUCACCCUCAUUCUCUCACUCGCGUUCUUAUUCGCUCUCCUUCCUCUUCCUCUGUGGAAACCCUAAUCCACGCCGCCUCCUCUUCCUCCUCCAAAUCGCCGCCUCCUCCUCCUCUUCCCCAGUCGACCGUACAUGGAUAAUGUACCCUCUCCACCCCUAUCCCCCAUCUAUGGGUUAGAUUCGGCCGGAAAUCGUAUUCAAUUUCCACGUUGGCCUCGUCUGAAUCCGGCACCGGAGUGGACCUUCGACACGUCGGAGGGGUCGAUCCCGACUCCUAUUGCAACCCACCUGUCGCCUAUCCCCACAUACUCGUGGGAGGAGGGUGAUUCGAUGUCUACCGUUGUUCCUGAAACUCCGACGGUCGAAGUCCCUUCCUGGACCGAUUCCCAGCCCCCUAUGUACCUUGAAACCCCAGAUCUAGAAGCUAUACCGUCGAUGGUGGGUGGUUCACCUCAUUUUGAUCAAUUUGUAAUGGAAGGCAUUUUUUUAUGUUGAGUGUUCUUUUUAAAUUCAAUUUUCCAUGUUUUAUGUCCAUUUUUAAUUUUGGCAGCCUAAAAUUAUAUUUGUCAUUCCAUGAACUGAUAUGGAAACGUGCUGCAUUGUUGUAUGCAAACCAACAAAAAAAUUUGGCAGCUUGUUGUAUGCAAGCUAAAGAAAAAAGGUUUAAAACAAUUUAGGUGGGGCCUAAAUUCCACUAUCACACACCAUUUAUUACACACUCCAAAACUUUCUUAAAACCCGUGCCCUGGAGAAAUGGGACUGCUAUUGCUGGACGGAGGGAGUAUCUAGCAAUAUAGUUAGAUGCAUGUUCAUACCCAAUCACUAUCACUUCCCUCAACAAAAAAGAUCUACUUCCAUCUCUCCUUCCAGAUUACAGUUCAUCACUGCCAAUUUCCUGCUUCUUUUGUCGACCCUUUUAAUUCCUUUUUGAAGAACAUCACAGGCAGUAAGAAAUGCAUGCAAUUAUUCGUGGAAUUUUCUGGUGUGUGCUGAUUCUUUUAUUCAUCUCUAGUCUCCAUCAACAACUUAGAUUAUUUAUGGUAAGUUUCUCUCUCCGCCACUUUUAUUUUCUCUGUGUGUAUCAGAAGACAGGUUGAUUGUGAAAAAACCCUAUCUAGAAAAGGAGUGUUGGUGAUAAAAAAUGGUUGCAGGUGGCGGCAGAAGAUAUGGUGCCGCUGGGGAAGGAGAUGAUGGUGAUGUGAAUGAUAGCACAAGGAGUUGGGGAGCUUUCAGAUUUGUUCACUUUGCACUUCUGUGGAGGUGAAAGCAGAAGCUACUGUUUGCCAUCUCCAUGCUGCUAUGCUAUCAAUUGCAACAUUCCAAAGAGGCCCUUUGGAUCUGUUCUCUCACUCCCAAAACUUUUGCUGGCAUUGAAGCUGAACAACAACAAAAUCUCUGCUGAGAUUCCUCCAUGCAAUGAAUAGUUUGAGGAUAUAGCAACAACAGAAACUCUGGGGAGGGAUCAUAUCUCUGCUGAGAUUCCUCCAUGCUGUAUCCACAUGGUCCUAGCUUGGAUUUUUGUCCAUCUCACAUAGCAUGCUGAAUGGAUCCCUACGGAGCUGGUUGAUUACAUUCGAAGCAAUCAAUCACAUAACAUAACUGUCUCUCAGGGAUCAUCCCACAAGGCAGGGCUACUGAGGGCAUUUGCAGGCAACCCGGGUCUCUGCCACGAGGAGUCAUCUUGCAAUGGGAAGGGACAGCCUGUGAUGCUACUUAUAUAUGGGAGUGAACAGGGACUGACUUCAGUGAGGAUUUUGUGUGUAACUAGUUUUGUUAGUUUCUAUACAGGUUAUAUUGAUCUUUGUUGUUAUGGUCUAACCAUAAAUUCUACAUGUUGCAGACCGAGAACUAGUGAUUUUUAUGGUGGAAAACAAAGGAUUUGGAUC